AAGAGAGACAAAGAGACAGAGAUAAUAGUUAUAGGGAACUCUUUCUUGUUCGGGCAUUGGGAUAAAAUGGUGCUCACCCUGCUUCUGAGCACCUUUUGGCUUCAUUUUACUGUUGCUCUGGCUUCAGAACCGCAAUAUAUUCUAUGGAUCUCCUCUGUGAUUCAGAGUCACUCUCCAGAAAAAGCCUGUCUCCACCUUUUAAACCUGAAUGAGUCUGUAUCCUUGAGUAUUGUCCUAGAGUAUGAUGAAGUCAAUGUCACUAUUUUUGACCGGCCUGUGGAGGAGGAGAACUUCUAUGCUUGUGCAGAUUUCCAGGUUUCUCAAAAGUCCUCUGAACAGUUAGCUUUUGUGACAUUGUUGGCUAAGGGUGAUACUAUUGAAAUCUUUGAGAGGCGGUCCGUAGCACUCGUUUCAGAAGAGACAGUAACCUUCGUGCAGACAGAUAAACCCAUCUACAAACCUGGAGAGAAUGUUCAAAUUCGUAUUGUGACACUGAAUACCAAGUUCAAACCUGUUGAGGAGUUGUAUCCUUUAAUCACACUUCAGGAUCCUCAAAACAAUGGGAUUUUUCAAUGGAAAAACGUGGCUCCUUUUCAAAAUAUUACCCAACUCUCAUUCAGAUUGAUUUCAGAACCAAUGUUUGGCGAAUACUCUAUCAUUGUGAAUAGGGCAUCAGGAAAGACAUUGACACACCCAUUUACCGUUAAUAGAUAUGUCUUGCCUAAGUUUGAAGUUAAAGUCAAUGUACCACAAACAGUAACUAUUUCAGAUGAGGAAUUCCAAGUGGAUGCAUGUGCUAAGUACACCUUUGACCAACCCGUGCAAGGAAAAGCCCAAAUCAAGGUGUGCAGAGAAUAUUUUUCCUUUGGGGAUUGUGAAAGAGACAACAAUGAAAUUUGUGAACAUUUUAUUGUGCAGUUGGAAAAUGGUUGUGUUUCUCAAAUUGUAAAUACAAAAGUCUUCCAACUCUACCGUUCUGGAUUUUCCAUGUUAUUUCAUAUCACUGUGACUGUGACAGAAACCGGGACAGGUGUGCAGAUCAGUGAAAAAGCUCCUGUUUCUAUCUCUUCAUUUCUUGGGACAGUGAACUUUGAGAACACGGACCCUUUCUAUAGAAGAGGAAUUCCCUUUUUUGGCACACUUAAAUUUUCUGGUCCUAAUAAUGUCCCGAUGGUGAACAAACUAUUGCAAUUGGAGCUCAAUGACAAAUUUAUUGGAAAUUACACCACAGACGAGAAUGGUGAAGCUCAGUUAUCCAUUGACACUUCAGAUAUAUUUGAUCCGGAGUUCAACCUGAAAGCCACAUUUGUUCACCCGAAGAACUGCUAUGUUCCCACAUGGUUGACGCCUGAGUAUUUGGAUGCCCGUAUAUCAGUCCCACGCUUUUACUCCCGAACCAACAGCUUCCUGAAGAUUGUUCCUGAACCAAAGCAGCUGAGAUGCAAUCAACAAAAGAUUGUGAAUGUGCAUUACUCCCUAAACAGUGAAGCGUACAGGGAAGAGUCAAAUAUAAACUUCUUUUAUUUGGUGAUGGCAAAAGGGGCUAUUUUGCUCAGUGGACAAACGGAAAUCACAGACAAAGCCUGGAAUGGACAGUUCUCGUUCCCCAUCAACAUCAGCGCUGACCUGGCUCCUGUGGCCAUCAUGCUCGUCUACACCCUUCACCCCAGCGGGGAAAUUGUGGCGGACACUGUCAAAUUCCAGAUUGAGAAAGCCUUUAAAAACAAGGUUAACAUCAACUUCUCUGAGGAGCAGGGACUCCCUGGCUCCAACAUCAGCCUCUAUCUAGAAGCAGCCCCUGACUCCUUCUGCGCUCUCCGGGCUGUGGAUAAAAGCGUCCUUCUACUGAAAUCGGAAGAAGAGCUGUCAGCUGACAGUUUGUAUAACCUGCUUCCAAAUACAGAACUCUAUGGUUAUUUCUAUCAUGGUCUCAACCUUGACGAUGGCAAACAAGACCCUUGCAUUCCCCAGAAGGAUAUGUUUUACAAAGGUCUGUAUUACAUACCUGCAGGCAACUAUGAAGAUGGAGACACCUAUGAUAUUAUCAGGUCCAUGGGUCUGAAAGCCUUUACCAAUCUCCAUUAUCGGAAGCCAGAAAUAUGUGCAGUAGAGUGGAGGCCAUUCUCCGAGAGAUCAUUGCUAAUUGGACCCCUAUGUGAACCGAUGUACAGUGCCCCCCCACCUAAAAUUGCAUUCGCAAGUGAGGACUUAGGCCCUGUGGAAUGGGCUAUAACAGAAACAGUAAGAACGAACUUUCCAGAGACAUGGAUAUGGGACCUCGUCAGUGUCGAUUCCUCGGGUUCAGCAAAUGUUUCAUUCCGCAUCCCUGACACUAUAACGCGCUGGGAGGCAAACGGCUUCUGUGUGAACGGUGAUGCAGGGUUUGGCAUUUCAUCCACAAUUGCUCUGGAAGCCUCCCAACCUUUCUUCGUUGAAGUGACCCUCCCCUAUUCAGUCGUUCGAAACGAAGAGUCCGAUGUGAUUGUCAGUGUCUUCAGCUACCUGAAUACAUGUGCAGAGAUUUCUGUUGAACUGGAAGAAUCUGAGAAUUUCGAGGCAUAUAUCAACACCCCUAAAAACAAUGACAGUGAGAUUAUUCAAGCUGGAGAGAGGAAAACAUAUGUCUGGACUCUUAUACCUAAGAAGUUGGGUAAAGUGAAUAUCACUGUAGUUGCUGAGUCCAGACAAAGCAGUGCUUGCCCAAAUGAAGAUGAGCAGCAAAAUCUAAACUGGGAAGAUACUGUGGUCAAAAGUUUGUUGGUAGAGCCUGAAGGUAUUGAAAAAGAAAUGACUCAGAGUUUCUUUAUCCAUACAAAAGGCACUAAUGUCUCCCUUUCAGUGUUUUUGGAUUUGCCAGAUAAUGUGGUAGAAGGAUCAGCCAGGGCCUUCAUCACUGUUGUGGGGGAUGUUCUAGGACUUGCGAUGCAGAAUCUGGAGACUCUCCUGCAAAUGCCCAGUGGAAGUGGAGAGCAGAAUAUUGCCCUGCUAGCGUCUGAUACUUAUGUCCUUGACUACCUGCAAGAUACUCAACAAUUGACAGAGGAAGUUAAAUCUAAGGCUUUCUCUUUCUUAUCUGACGGUUAUCAAAAGCAGCUGUCUUUCAAGAACAUGGAUGGCUCAUAUAGCAUGUUUGAGCAGAGGAAUCAGAAAGGAAGCAUAUGGCUCAGUGCCCUUACUUUUAAGACAUUUGAGAGAAUGAAGAAAUAUGUUUUCAUUGAUGAACAAGUUCAACAACAGACCUUCAUCUGGCUUUCAAGCAAACAGGAAAGCAAUGGUGCCUUUAAAAGUGAUGGCAAGAUUUUCCACAAUGCCUGGGAGGGAGAAGAAGAGGAGGAGGAGGAGGACAUUUUACUCACUGCAUAUAUUGUUGGAGCAUUCCUUGAAGCUGGGCUCAAUUCUACUGUAAGGAUUCCCAUCAUCUUUUCGUUUCAGUCAGCUGCAUGCAUAUUAAAUAGACUACACAAUGUCACCGUUAGCAACGAAGAAUCCAGUGAGACUUUCCAGGUUGACGAUGACAACCGCUUACUGGUCCAACGUUCAGAACUAACAAAAGCAUAUGGAAAAUACACAGUAGAUGUGGAAGGACGUUUUGUAUUUAUUCAGGCUACCCUUAGAUAUAAUGUGCUACCAUCUGAGAAGGAAUCUGGAUUUUUCCUUUCCUUGGAAAUGCUAAAGAAAAACUGUUCAGAUAGACUCCAGAGUAGUAAUUUUGAGCUGACAGUAACCGUCAAAUACAUAGGAAUGCGCAAUAUCUCCAAAAUGGCCCUUGUUGAUGUAAAAAUGCUCUCAGGAUUUACUCCAGUCAUGUCAUGCACUGAGGAGCUUGAAAAAAAUGGCCAAGUGAUGAAGACUGAAGUCAAGAAUAACCAUGUUCUUUUCUACUUGGAAAACGUAAGUUGA